ACACCUUUUUUGAAGAUGGCUGUAAAUCGUCAUGUGAAGGAAUAAUGGCAAAAACUCUAGAUAUUGAUGCUGGAUAUUGUGCAUCAAAGCGCACUGAUGCCUGGUUAAAGGUCAAACGUGACUAUAUUGAAGAAUUGGGUGACAGUCUUGAUUUGGUACCCAUUGGCGCUUGGUAUGGGAAUGGAAGAAAAGCGGGAUGGUACAGCCCUUUCCUUAUGGCGUGCUACAACCCUGAUGCUAAAGAGUUUCAAAGUGUGUGUAGAGUCAUGUCUGGCUUCUCAGAUGAAUUCUAUAAGUCGGUUCAAGCUUCUAGCUUAAAUUUCAGUUCCUGCUUACGCUCAGAAUGAUGAGGAAGAAGGUGAAGAAUGAGAAGAAGAGGGCCUGAGUAAAUGUAUAGGGAAGGAGUUAAAGAAGCUUCUGCAGUGUCAUAGCCAUUGUAAAAAAUUUAUGUAAACGUUUGUAAACAAUUUAUGUAUCUCUCUAUUAUUUUGAUGAAUGUAUUAUU